GAAAUAUUGAGGAUCGCUGCGAAAAGAGGUUGCAUUCUAAUUCUCUUAACCACUAUUGUUGCGGAAACUAGUGAAUGAAGAUGCAGAAGCCUAUUCUCUGUCUCACCGCCAACAUCCUUGUGCUCUUUGUCUCAGUUGCAGCUCAGCCAGGAUUCCUCAAUAUUGACUGUGGCGGGAGAAAGAAUUCGACAGACCCAGAGACGAAUAUGACCUGGAUUGUGGACGCCAACUAUGUAGAUGUUGGCCAAACAGUAAAUUUCUCUAUCCCAAAUACACCAUUCCACAUGCAAUCUAUGCGUCUUUUCCCAAAACCUCUAAAUAAGUCUUGUUACCGGCUGCCUGUGAAUCCGAACGUCAACUAUCUCUUAAGGCUUUGGUUUCUUUUUGAUUACUAUGAUCAAUCCACUAAUCUUCCGAGCUUUAAUGUCUCCUUCGAGACGGAAGGACUGCUUACUCAAAAGAUUCAGGCAAUUAAAUCUGCGCAAGAUAUAGAGUGGACAAGUGAAAAGAUCUUGAGGAGUCCUAAUGGGGUUCUUUACGUUUGCUUGAUUCGAACUUCCGAUGACAGCGAUCCUUUCGUCUCUGCAAUCCAGUUGCGAAGUCUCUUGAGUGGGAUGUACGCUCUGCAAGUGAAGCCGGGGACAAUGUUGAGCACAGUGACCAGACGUGAUCUUGGUGUUAACUCAACCGACCUUGUCAGGUAUCCUCGGGAUGAAUUUGAUCGCUUUUGGACGACAGAAAAAGGUGUAGCUUUAGAUAACAACACUCUACCAAUAUUAUCCAGCCGUUCAGUGAAUUUCAACGAUAAAAAUAACAGCAGCAAUGUUCCUCCAACCUUUGUAUUGCAGUCAGCGCUAACUGUAAAACCCUCUACAGAGCCUUUGGUUUUCGGUCUGGAAAGGCAAUACAUUAAAACUUUAGUUGUACUAUACUUUGCAGAGAUCGAGGUCCUAAAUUCUUCUGAAUAUAGAAAAUUCAAAAUUCUGAUAAAUAAUAUAGCAGUUAGCAAUAUAACCUUGGACGUGAAAAAUAAUAUUGUACAAGUGCCACUGACAUACGACAGAGAAGAGCAGGUAGAGUUUUCUCUGCAGACUAUCCAAGAUGAGCAAGGUAAAUCUAACCGCGGACCACUGCUUAACGGUUUAGAGUAUUAUAAAAUAAUCGACAGCGAGACCGCAACUGAUGCAGGCGAUGUUAGUGGGCUUUUCUCCAUUAAAACCGCUUUUGGCUUGAAGGAAUGGAUAUCCGAUCCUUGCUUUUCUAUUCCCUGGAACGGAAUCAAGUGCAACAAAAACUACACGGUUAGAGUUGUAGAAAUCGAUCUGUCGGGAAGGAAUCUCUCUGGACCUGUACCAAAUAGUAUCAAGGAGUUAACUGAAUUGAGAAGCAUUUCUUUCCAGGACAACCAUUUAUCGGGAAUUUUACCAGAUUUUUGCAAGUUAGCAAGAUUGGAAAUACUGCGACUUCAAAAUAAUAAUCUUAGUGGUAUCAUCCCAGACUGUCUGUCCGAAUUGAAAAACUUGAAGGAAGUAAAUUUAGAGAACAAUAACCUUAGCGGAGUUGUUCCCGAAGGGCUUUUGCGUAAUAGAUUCUUGGACAUUAGGUACUCUGGGAAUCCGAAUCUUUGCAAAGAUGGCAAUCAAUGCCACUCCAAGGAUAAAAACAUUAAGAUUAUUGUUGUAUCAGCCAUAGCUGCUCUCGUCGGGUGUUCACUUGUGUUAAUAUCAGUCAUUAUGUACCGACGAAGAAAAUACUUGAAGAAAAAAAAUCAGAUCAAUAAUCAGCCAUUAAAUGCAGGUUUGAUACCGGGCAUGGUACUAAACCCUUUGAGCUGCUGUUCAUUCAGUCUGCUGGAUAUGAAAACAGCCACAAACAAUUUCAGCCAAAAGAUCGGACAGGGCGGUUUCGGAAGUGUUUACUUUGGCAAGUUAGCUGAUGGAAAAGAUGUGGCUGUAAAGCUGCUCUCCUCCUCCUCAAAACAAGGACUGGCAGAGUUCUUAAACGAGAUCAAUCUCCUUUCUAGAGUGCAUCACAAAAAUUUGGUGUCUCUGAGUGGCUACUGCAACGAGUCCGAAGAACUUAUGCUUGUGUAUGAACAUAUGUGUGGAGGAUCACUGAAGGACCACCUCUACGGCUCUCUAUCAAACAUUUCGACACUCGAUUGGAAAACUAGACUUGGAAUAGCUCUAGACGCGGCACAAGGGCUCGAAUACCUGCUUGUAAGCUGCACACCAAAAAUCGUUCAUAGAGAUGUGAAGAGCUCAAAUAUCCUUCUCGACAGCAAUCUGCGGGCGAAAAUGGCAGAUUUUGGUCUUUCAAAAAUAAUUGGCGAUGACAUAAUGUCCAGUCAUAUAACCACAAACAUAAAAGGAACAGUGGGAUACUUAGACCCAGAGUACUUUCAUACGAACAAGUUAACAGAGAGAAGCGAUGUGUAUAGCUUUGGAGUGGUUUUGUUGGAGAUGAUAUGCGGGAGAAAAGCAAUUGAUCCAGAGCUAUGUGAAGAAGAGCUAAGCCUUUUGAAAUGGGUGAUGCUACAUGUCGAGGGGAGCAAAGAUUAUGGUGGUCCAUUGAUAGCCAUCAUAGACAAAAAGAUGUGCAUGUCUGAAAUCGACAUGAAAUCUCUCUAUCCCAUAUUUACUCUGUCGCUUAAAUGCAUUCAGAAUGAAGCAUCCAAGAGGCCGACCAUAACUGACAUAGUAAAGCAGAUAAAAGAAGCCAUGGAUAUGAUUAAGUCCGAAUCUUCGAGUGAAGAGAUAAACGAGCCUCGAUACUCCGCAGAAUAUAGCUACAGCCUACUUGACGUUGGGAGAUAACAGCAAACGAUAUAGCACCCAAUCUCACGUCAACCAUUCCAUAACAAUCUAAAAAAUGCAUGGCUGUGAUAUCAAAUAUUUAUAAGUAGGGCAGGACAUUUUCGGUAAAAGCACCGGUUUUAUAAUUAGUUUUCCGGUAAAAUGUAAACGUCGCUCCAGUGCUUUUAAGUAAUCAAUGAUUUCAACUUUAUUAUAUGUAUUAAUUACUAGCAGUUGCACGCUUUUGCUAUGCAACGAUAAGUC